AUGGAAAACGACGACAAGCAAUUGCCACUGUGUAGCAUUUGCUUGGGUUCAUCGGAUUCGGAAUAUAUGAAAUACAACUUGGUAGUAUCAGGUGCAGUACUACCACUUGUUGGCUUGGUUGGUAUCGUUGGUAAUUUUCUUGUAAUUGCUGUUUAUGGUAGUCGAGAACUACGCAACCAUUCAACAAAUAUUUACUUGGCAGCUCUAGCAUUAAGUGACUUUUGUAUGAUUUGGACAGCAAUUGUUUUGUACGGAUUAGAAGCUUGGAGGCAUCAUGGGCCACCAGUUUUGGCAACAAUCUAUGGCAGAAGUGCCCUAUUUGUUUUUCCAAUCAGUACCGUUCUGCAAACCACUUCGGUAUAUUUUUGUGUGGCUGCAGCCGCUGAUUGCUUUGUGCGAGUUGUUUUAUCAACAAAAAUUAAAGAAAAAAUUUGCAUACCGAGGUUUGCUCGGUUAUUAGUGUUAUCAGUCGCACUAAUAUCAGUCAUAUACAAUGUACCACACUUUUUCGAAUUAACAACUAUUGACUGCUUUGAUGAUGCAAGAAACAAUUCAUUGUCCGUACAAAUUUGUCCCACUGAUCUUCGAAACAAUGAAUUAUAUUAUCAACUUUAUUAUACAUAUAUGUAUACAAUAUUUAUGGCUGUUGGACCCCUUCUGCUCAUUGUCAUACUUAACGCGUUGGUUGUUCGGGUUGUUCUCAAAAAGGGAACUUCAGAUGAUUCUGACACAAUAAGUUUGAUAUUGGUCGUCUUUAUGUUUAUUUUCUGCAAUUCAGCUGCUCUCAUGGUCAAUUUCAUUGAAAUGGUUUUUGCAGAAAAAGUUUAUCAUAUGCUGGUAUAUUUGGUUGAUAUGUCAAAUCUCUUGGUCGUGAUCAAUUGCACAGGCAAUUUUUUCUGCUACCUAUUUUUUGGUGCAAGCUUUAGACGUACGCUACGAAAAAUUUUGGGUAAAAAAUCACUGAAAACAAAUUCAGUCUGGACUGCUUCAACAACUACUGCAAACAAUUAUAUUCCACGAAAUUUUUCACUGCAACUUGAUAGCAAUAGCCAGGGCAGAGAAAUGAAUAUAUGA